AUGCCGGAUCCCAUGUUUUUUACUACAUAUCUAUUAUAUUUUGGACUCUACGACAUUUACUACAAUACCGACACAAAAUUGAACGAUUUGGAGAGCUCGGAGGCUCAGAAAUGGCUUGUCAAGUGGAUUUUGAAGAAUAUUCUGAUUAUUGCGUAUUUUCGACCGGGACUUCCACCUCAAUGGGUUAUAAAUGACAACACUUUGUUGAAAUAUGGAUCGGCGGGUUUGGCGUUGACAACUGUGUGGAUUCCGUGUGUGAAAAACUCCCCGAUGCUCACAAUUCUUCUAAUGAUCCUCCACGUCAUCUGCUUCGUCAUCGGACCAUUCAACACGUUCAGAAGAUUCCUGCGAGGCGGAUAUCGUCAAUACUCCAGAAUCGACCUACUCAACUACCUGCUAUUGAUGAUUGGCGUGUUUGGAAAACAAGCUUCUGCGCAUUUUUUCACCGUAUCCGUCACUCCGAUCGAUUUCACUGAAUCUCAUUCUAAACAAUUUACGAAAUUUCUCGGUUGUUGCUUCGUUCCACAGACCGCUUUCGAGUUUGACUCCGCCCACUUGCUGAUCCCUCUGAUGCUAAUCCACGCCUUCUGUCUCGUCAUCGGACCAUUUCACACCUAUUUUCAAUUCAUUCGAGCUUAUCGUCAAGACCAUUACCUAAUCGAAGUGAUUCUAUCUUUUCCUUUCUGGACUUUCACCGGAAAUCAAUCAUUUCAUCCGCCUUUUGAGCGACGAGAUGAAAAACUGACUGCAAUGGACUAUAUGAGUCACUUCCUGAAUCCACAGACACCUCAGGAGACGGCUCUUUUCGAAAGUGUAGCUGCUCUUCUCUUAUUUCUUGUUUCCUUCAUUCCUAGCGAGGAAGACGCACAUCGAGUGGCAAUGUUAUGCAUUCUGUGGAAUUUGGGCGCUUUCGCCAUGUUUUUAAAGCCAUUUUUUGAAUAA